GGAGUGGCACUGAUUUAUAUGGUGUUUAUAUGCACCGGAAAGGGCGGGGCCGAUCUCAGUUGCUUCUUGCAAAGAAGACAACAACAAACAGGGAUAAAACAGCACUAUAUCACAGGGGUGGUCAGCGUGAUUUAUUACUGAUUGCAGAGUUACAAUAGGUAAUCGGCGCAGUUGAAAUGUUCGUAGCAAAAGCUGUACGACCUUUAUUUUGAAACGUACCCCCGGAAGUGCUUAGUUUACCGUUGCAUUCCUGGUAACUAGGGAGUAAAAAGUUAACUAUGGGUACGUGUUUGGUAUAACAGAAUCCACAGUUGUGAAAUUACAAGCAUUAAAAGCAAACCAGGUCGGGGUUCCAUGAUGGCUACUUAUGGACAUGAUUCGUCAAAAAGAAGCGGCGGGGUUCGGGGGGGCUCGGUUCUAAACUUUCGGACGACGGCGAGCCCGGGAUCGGUUCGCCGCAACACCGUGCUGCCGUCGGUGCUGACGUUCCUGGUGAUCGUGGCAUCCGGGAGCCUGCUGCUCAUGAUCGAGAAAGGACUGCUCAACGGCAUGGAGACACCUCCACCCCGGGGUAGCGGCAAGAGGGUGGAUUUCAUCCAGCAGACAGAGCGACGCGAGCGGGCUGCUGUGGACGUGGAGUCCCAGAUCCUCCAGGAGAUCAGGAACCGCACCAUCAGGACCAUGUGCAGCCAGAAGAACAUGCCCCACGAUUUAUGGUCCCUGGCGCCCCCGCAGAGGAAGACCUUGCUGCAGCACGUGCUGGUGAACGACAAGUACGGCUUCCUCUACUGCUACGUCCCCAAGGUGGCCUGCUCCAACUGGAAAAGGGUCUUUAAGGUCCUAAACGGGGCGCUGGAGAACGUGGAAGUCAAAGGGAAGAUGGACCACCUACAUGACCUCGUCUUUUUGGCCUCCAUGAAACCAGAGGAGAUUCGUUACCGCCUCAAGCACUACUUCAAGUUCAUGUUUGUGCGAGAUCCCAUGGAGCGCCUGCUGUCCGCAUACAGGAAUAAGUUCGGAGAGAUCGAGUCCUACCAAAAAAAAUACGGCGUCGAGAUCAUUAAGCGUUACAGGAAGGGCCGCCCGCUUGGUAACUCGCUGAUAACCGGAGAUGACGUCACUUUUGCAGAGUUUGUCCAGUACCUGCUGGAUGAGGAUGUGGAGCACAUGAACGAGCACUGGAUGCCAAUGUACAACCUAUGCCAGCCUUGCGCGCUCACCUACGACUUCAUCGGCUCGUACGAACACCUACAAAUGGAUGCCGAGUUUGUGCUCCAGCAAAUCGGGGCUCCAGCGCACGUGCGCUUUCCAGAGAGACAGUCGUGGUACAAGCCCGUCACCCCAGAGACGAUACAGUAUUACCUGUGCAGCCUUCCACAGAAGCUGCUGAGGGAACUCCUGCCAAAGUACAUCCUAGACUUCUCCCUCUUCACGUAUGCCCUCCCAAACAUAAACACUCAGUAUUGCCGGCAUUAAAAGUUUUAAACUUUUUUUUUUUUUUAAAUGGCAUUAAUUUGUACUAUAGUGUUUUACUUCACAAGGACUGGAUUAGAGAUGUCCCGCCACUGUGGCAAAUGAGUAGUUCAACAUGGCUAAAACACGCUUGUGGAUUAUUUUUAACUAAUUUUAAGUCACAGACUCUCCUACCAUUCAAUUAAAUAAAGAAGCAACUUUUCCAACA